UCGGACGGUGCACGGUGCGGUGUGAACGUGCAAAAUUCAGUCUUUUAAUUUUAGUCUAAAAAGGGGCCAAAAUUGUAUACCAUGGAAUGAUAUGUACUAUGUAGAAUUUAGAAACUGUUUCGUAAUCGAGGGACUGUACUCCUCUCCAGAUUCAAAAUGAAAUACUUCACCACUGUUGAGUUGUUCAAACACACAUGGGACCAUGUUGCCUCCGCUCUGUGGCAAAAAUAUCCUAACCCAUACAGCAAGCAUGUGCUGACAGAAGACGUCAUCAGCCGAGUUCUUAGGGGGACCGAGCUGGUCACCCAACGUCUCUUGACUAAGACCAAUCGUCUGCCCAAGUGGGGGAACUACAUCUUUGGUAACCACGCCCGGCAGGUCUGCAUCGUUGAGGAGUCGGUGGUAGACCCUGUCAAGAAGACCUUCACUAUCUACACACGGAAUGUGGGCUUCACCAAACUCAUGGUGGUAACAGAGAAACAAAUCUACCGGCCAGCCCAGGACAACAAAGACUGGACUCAACUGGAGAAGCAUUCCUGGGUGGACUCCAGCGUCAAGGGCGUGGCAACGGCCAUCCAGCACUUCGGCAUGGAACGCUACAAAGCCAACCAGACCAAAUCCACCAAGGGACUCAACUACGUCCUGGAGAACAUGUUUGUUCCGGACAGACCCCCCACGGAAGGCUUCCCGGCGGACAUGGCGCGACUGCGGGACAGUGCCAAAGCCAAAGCCAAAGGCAUGGCAGCCAAGGCGCGACCUGUCGUACAGUGACGACAGUGGGUCGUUUGGGAAAACAGUAAUAUCCUCCGACUUAGUGUCGAAAUAGUGCCAUUGUCCUGCCUACCUAUGACACUUCUCUCAGGCUUACAAGAGAUUGGGGUUCAAUAUCUCUGUGUACAACCUCAAGGCUCAUCCGGCGAUCACAAUUUUUUUGUUGUGACUAGUGUUGGGGCACUUUUUGUCCGCUAGGUUAUAAAUACAUUGUGUAUAUAGGUAGGGUUCAUCCGUAAAAUUGGAGGCAUAGCUGUAGUCCUGUAGUCUUUCAUUAACACACUUUCUUCUUAUUCAGGAAUCCACUCAAAGGGACCAGGGUAGAGGAGGAAAGAAGUACCUUUGUGCAUGCCAUACAUCUGUUGUUUCAUGUAAACAUUUCUUUAAAAAACAAAAUUGACAAAUUGAACAGUAGUCUAGAGGAAAUCCACAAUUGUCAAUGUCAUUUGAUUGUCUCUAGCCACUUGUGUCCCCUCUCAACACCAUUGCUGUAUAAUGGCUGAGCAAUAUGAAAAAAAUUAUGUUGAGAUGUUGAAUCUCGUAUGAUUUGUACAUAAUUUGAAAAAAAAAUAUUGAAAGUGCUCAACAAUGUACAAUUACAACUGAAAUACAAUGUGCCACACACUCAUAAACUUAUCAAUUUGCUUAUGCAGUAACGAAGAGUAGAAUAGAACUGGGCAUUAGAAGUUACAUUUGUUACAAUUGUUAAUCUUUUUCUAGCAAUUUCUUUGUUUCCAGUUUUUGAUGACAAUACACGACUGUGUUUUAGUGACGUAAUUUAAUUGGUCGUGUCAGGAUUACAAUGUGCAUUACAAUAACAAAAAAUCUGUUUCAAGAUAAGAUUAAGCAAAUGAAAUUUAUGUGAUGUUUAUCGUGCGCCAUCUUCUUUCUCUGACUAAGGAGGUAACUCUCAACUGAACCCCAAAGACAUCCUGAAACCUAACUUAAUUCUGCAAGUCGAUACAAUUGUGUUGCGGUUUCCGUUGAAAUGCUUGUUUGAAGUUGGUGUAAACCCUCUUUUCAUAACAUAACGUUGCUUUUGUUUUGGGUGUUUUUAGCGCCAUUUUUAUUUCAACAUUUGAUUCCUCUUCAAGACAGGUUUUUUCCCCCCAUGUUUUCUACUCCACUGGUUACUCAUGUUUUUACAAUAUUGUUCAAAAUAUUGAUUAUUAAAUAUUGAUAAUUGAUUCAGCCAUAUAUUUAAUAAAAUGUUAAGGAUUUAUUUUAUCUUGAUAAUUAAUCGGUUGAAGUUGUUACUUUUUUUUUUUAGUCUGUGAUUUAUAUUAUCUAUGCUGCAGUAUGAUGAACAUGUGUCAGAUCAUAUAAAAAGAAUAAAAGAUUUUCUUAAAAAUGAAA